GAAGAAGUUCCAUUUCCUGCCCAAAAUUCUUCAGAGUGCUGAAGGCGAAGAUAAUAAAAGUGCUGAGACCAAAGAAAACCAAGAAUUACCCUUGGAGAAAAUAGAUGACAUCCACGAUGUGAUGGUUGGUAAAGAACGAGAUGCCAUACCUCCUCUGGACUAUCAAGAGAGACGUUGUGGACUAUCACAGCCUGUCCUACGACCAGAUGCUCAACCACUAUGGAAAGACAGCUUCAUUCACAACCAAGAUUGGACUGUGUCUAAACAUGAGGAGUCUGCCUUGGUACGUCCAGGCCAACCCCAACACCUUCUUCCCACGUUGCUAUGGCCUCUGCACCGAAAGUGAGAAGCAGGAAUUUUUGGAUGAUUUUCGGCGCACAGUGGCUUCCAGCAUCCUCAAGUGGGUAGUCAACCACCAGAAUAACUGCAACAAAACCAAGGGCAAGACUAAGAAGGAGGAGGCCAAGAAUGACGACCCCAACACCAAGAAAGAUCCUGAUGCCUGUGAGUCCCAAGGCCUCUCGGGACAGCUUAUCGAUACAGCAUGCAAGGUAUGCCAGACCUACCUGGGGCAACUAGAGCAUGAAGACAUCGAUGUAUCGGAGACCAGCACUGAGGCCUUGUCUGACGAAGAAUGGAAUGAACUGAUCCAGCAGUACUACUUACUGGUUCAUGGCAAUGCUUUCAUCAUUGACUCGAGAAGUUACUUUUCGCAGUGCCAGACUCUGCUGAGUAAGAUCAGCUCUGUGAACCCCCAGACAGAGAUUGACGGGAUACGGAACAUCUGGAUCAUAAAGCCUGCAGCCAAGUCCCGGGGUCGAGAUAUUGUGUGCAUGGACCGUGUGGAGAACAUCCUGGAGCUGGUGGCCACAGACAACCAGACGGUGAAGGACAACAAGUGGGUGGUCCAGAAGUACAUCGAGACUCCGCUGCUCAUCUAUGACACCAAGUUUGACAUCAGACAGUGGUUCCUCGUCACAGACUGGAAUCCCCUAACCAUCUGGUUUUACAAGGAGAGCUACCUCCGGUUCUCCACACAGCGCUUCUCCCUGGACAAGCUGGACAGCGCCAUCCACCUGUGUAACAACUCCAUCCAGAAGCGCCUCAAGAAUGACAAAGAUCGCAGCCCACUGCUACCCGGCCAUAACAUGUGGACCAGCACCCGCUUCCAGGAGUACCUGCAGAAGAGGGGCCGAGGGGGAACGUGGGGCAGCAUCAUCUACCCGUCCAUGAAAAGAGCCGUCACCAACGCUAUGAAGAUGGCCCAGGACCACGUAGAGGCUCGGAAAAAUAGCUUCGAGCUCUACGGGGCUGACUUCAUCCUGGGGCGGGACUUCAAACCCUGGCUCAUUGAGAUCAACUCCAGCCCUACCAUGCACCCCUCCACUCCGGUCACGGCCCAGCUCUGUGCCCAGGUGCAGGAGGAUACCAUCAAGGUUGUGGUGGACCGCAAAAUGGACCGCAACUGUGACGUCGGCAACUUUGAGCUUCUGUGGAGGCAGCCUGCCGUGGAGCUGCCGCCCUACAGCGGGUCUGACCUCUGUGUGGAAGGAAUCAGUAUGAAGAAAGCCAAGAAGCAAAUGCCGCCCAUUACCAGCGUCAGCUUCUCAGAAACUGUCUCAGAAUCUCCCCUCAAAGCGCGCAGUCCCCGGACCCUGCCCGAUUCAGCAGUCGGGCCGAGAAUAGCCGUGCGGCAGGACUGGAAACGAGAAGAAGCAAAGGUACUUUCAAGCACCUGGUCUGUGCCCGUACUGGCUGCCGGGCCCAGGAGUCAAGCAAAGCCCACCUUUGCACUCCCGGUCAGUAACUACCAACGUGUAGACAGUAAGGCCCUUAAAAGCACAUUUACCAGAACCCAAUCCACCAAACCCUUGGAUCUAAGCUUAGGAGGCCUACAGUGCCCCGCCCUGGUGCUACAGAACAUGAAAAACAUGGCAGGACACCUGUCUCCACCUCUCAAAGCACCAGGUAACCACAGGGAGACUGUGCCCUUUUGUCCCAUCGUAUUUGGCGAAUUAUGGCUCCAUCCCAAUCCUCGGAGAAGACCUUCGAGCUGCGUUCUCCAGAACAGGGUACAGGGCUGGAUCAGGAGUGUCCCCUGAGAGAGGGCCUCCAGCCUGAACUCAUGAGUAAAGGGGGUGGGGCGGGGGCACCCUGGCAGGAGCCAGGCACUAUGAUCUGCGGUAUAAUGCUAUCCAAGGUGAACAUAGAGGGGUCCUGAUGCAAUGGUCCCGGUGGGUUUUCCUCGGUAGUACCUGCUUCCUCUAAGGGGGAGCAGAGAUCCAGGGAUGGGUUGUAGUGUUCCAACAGCAUCAAGUGGAAGAGGGUGGGGUAGCUGAGCUGUGUCUACACCCAGGAUUUCCACGUCACCCAUUACCUGGCAUCAGAUCAGGGAGUGUCAGGCCGGGCCCCCACAUUUCUCUGUGUACUUGUCCCUCAUACUGUAUCCUGUAUACUGGUCUAGUUAGUCUCUCCUUCUUACUGCCUCCCAUCUACCUGGUCCUGUCCAUAGAUCUCCUUGCCUGCUUGCUAUCAGGAUGGGAAGGUCUGGAGCAGGGGGAUCUCACUGCCACCGUUGCAAUGGUACCCUAAUGCCAAAGGUAGCGUGUGAUGUGUGGCAGGUGCUUGGCACUUGCUGAACACAGGUGUGUGUUGCCUGUAGGGGCUUUGGGUGGGAGGAGCGUCUAGGCCAACUCUUACGUCUAUGCCUUAGCCAUCCUGUUUGGGUGUCUCCGGGAACCCUGGGGCUACACACCUACAGACCUCUUCCUGUGGAGAAAUGUCAACAGAAACAACAGCUCUAGCUAACAAGUUGUAAUAGUGUCUGCACCAGUUAGCCACACACUGGGAGCUAAAAAGGGAAAUUUACCUCUGACCGCUAGGUCAGUAUGGCCAUACUUCUCAAGACCCUAGAGAGGGUCUCCCCUCCUACAGUUUCUGCUGUCCACCAGUGACCUCUGGCGACUGGUGACCACAUCACUCCUGUGUCAAUCUUCACACAGGCAUAUGCCUUCCAGGAGUCUGCUCAAAGUUUCCUUCCAUAAGGAUAGCAAUCACUGGGUUAGGCUCCCACCCACACCUCAUUCAGUGAUUACAUCAAUAUGACCUCAUUCAGUGAUUACAUCAGCAAAAAGUCUAUUUCCAGAAAAGAAAGGUUCCAGGUGGACAUAAAUUUGGAGAGAUCCUUCACCCCAUCUCGCCCCACGGGAGGGGUAGAUUUGCUGAUUCACACUGUGGGCGGCACCCCACAGGCAGCUGUCACUGCCGCUCUUGCCUCUUGUAAAUUGUUUGCAGGCUUCUUGCACGUUUCCUCUUGAUAGUGAAAUGAAAAGCAGCUAUUUGUCAUCUAUUUAGCAACCCAUUUUGCUUUCUUCUGGAAACUUCUGGCUUGCAUCUUUGGUCUACUGUGCAAAGGAUCUUGGGUACCACUUUCUCUUAUUUGUCAUAGUUUCUGAUACAGACACCCCUUUUCCAUUGCUGUUUGUUGCACCUUAUUUCCUACAGUGUGACUUGUCUGUUUCACUUUUUAUGUAAACCAUCUUCACUUUAAUCAGUAUAUCUAAAUUUGGUGAUUUGUUUGUUCGUUGAUGAAGGACUCAAGAUCAUAGUAAUAACACCCCUGGGGUUUCUGUUAGAAACUCCAUCUCCUGGAAUUGGAUCAUCACUAGCCUAAGGCAAGGGCAAAUAGAUUCCCAACAGACCCCUCUGGCAGAUCCUCCCCACUCCUGUGGUUACCUUUACCACAUGGUCUAUGUCCACGUAUACAGGUCUGUCCUUGUGAGCCACUCUGGCUCACUGAUCUACUUGUCUGUCUCAGGUCAAAGCCACAGCCUUCUCAUGCUGUAGCCUUGUUGCUUUAUGCAAAUCACUCCAUCUCGUUUCCUCGGAAAUGGCUGAGCCGUCCUUUCAUGUACGUUUCAAUGACUGGCACAUUCAUAGACAUUGCAGAAUCAGAUAAUCAAUAUCAAGCAAACAUCAACGGUAAAAAAAACGAUUAGAAUUUUUGGAGGGCAUUAGGUUGGACUUGUGUAUCAGUAUGUACACAUACAUGUUUGUAUGUACAGGGUAGAGCUGGCUUCUUACCACAUUGAGCCUCACGACACAUGAGUGUAGAAUGUCUAUGUAUGUACUUGUCCUUUACUCUUUCUUUAAAUGCCGAUACCUUUUGAAAAUAUUAAAAGAUGAGCAUUUUACAUAUUUGUUUUAUGUGUAUGAGCGUUUUGCUUAUAUGUACGUAUGUGCAGCGUGUGUGUGCAAGGCACCUGUGAAAGUCAGAAGACGUUGUCGGAUCCCCUGCAACUAGAGUUAUGGAUGGUCAUGAACUACCAUAUGAAUGCUGGGGAUAGAACCUGGGUCCUUUGCAAGAACAAGUAUGCUUAACUGGUGAGCCAUCUCUCCAGCCCUUAAUCUCCUAAAGCUUUUAAAUGACAGUUAUUUAUGGUGUGUGUGUGUGUGUGUGUGUGUGUGUGUGUGUGUGUAUGAAGGUCAAAGGACAACUUAUGGGAGUCAUUCUCUCUUGAGUGAAUCAAACUCAAUUCAUUAGGCUUAAUGGCAAGUGCCUUUACCCACUAAGACACCUCUCUGUACCCUACACUAUAAUUUUCUUUGUUCUUUUUUGGUAGAUUUCUUCCUCUGUAUAUUUUCUUUGUAAAUGGUGUCUUCUGAUAGAAUUUUAUUGUAUCUGCAAGUUAUGCCCAUGGUGUAGAACUAUUGUAGUAGACU